CGGACUCUUAUUUUGAAAGGCCGAGAGUUUGAGUUUGUUGUGACACAGCGUAUGUGUGCUUCCCUGCUGUGUGAAAGUGUAGAGAUGGAGACGGAUCGAGCGGCUAAACUUGAGUUUGCGGUGCAGAUGACCUGUGAGAGCUGCGUUAAUGCAGUGAAGGGAGCUCUGGAAAAACAGCCUGGAGUGCAGUCGGUUCAGGUUGAUCUGUCUCGGGAGGAGGUUCUGGUGGAGACGUCUCUGAGCACUCAGGAGGUUCAGGGGCUGAUAGAGAGCACCGGCAGGAGAGCAGUGCUGAAGGGGAUGGGUGGAUCAGAAUCAGACCUGGGUUCAGCUGUGGCGAUGAUGAGUGGGGCGGGUCGAGUGCAGGGCGUGGUUCGUUUCCUGCAGCUGUCAGAGAAUCGCUGUUUAAUUGAUGGUACGAUUGACGGGUUGGAUCCUGGAGCUCACGGACUCCAUGUGCAUGAACUGGGAGAUCUGACGCAGGACUGCUUGAGCUGUGGAGAGCACUAUAACCCCUUCGGGAAACAACAUGGAGGCCCAGCGGACACAGAGAGGCAUGUGGGUGAUUUGGGAAACGUCCAGGCCGGAUCAGACGGCAGAGCCACAUUCAGACUGGAAGAUUCUCAGCUCAAGGUGUGGGACGUGAUUGGUCGGUCACUGGUGGUGGACUCUGGGGAAGAUGACCUAGGGAGAGAAAGUCACCCUCUGUCCAAACAAACAGGAAACUCAGGACAGAGGCUUGCUUGUGGCAUCAUCGCUCGCUCUGCAGGACUCUUUCAGAACCCUAAACAGAUCUGUGCGUGUGACGGGGUCACGCUGUGGGAGGAGAGAGACCGACCAAUAGCAGGAAAAGGCCGCAGAGUCACAGAUCCACCGGCAGCUAAUUUAUGACAGCAUAUAUAAUCAGUCGUGAUUAAUCAUAAACAAAGAAUGCACUUACAGAGAAAGAGAGAACAUAAGAAUGAAGACAGACUGAAGAAUAAGGGGUCUGUAGUGGUGUGGGCAGAAUUCUUGAUCUAGGUCUUGUUCCUGUCAGUGAGGUCAUGUUAAAUAAAGCACUAAUUAAAUCUUAGAUCAGCAGUUCUGCUCAGAGUAGCUUUAUGAAUGUGGGCUCAGAGAAAUUCCUGCUGACUUGACGAAACCUUUUAAACUACCACCUUGCCUUGUGCCCUGCGCAUUAUCCUGCUCUGCUUAUAAACCAGCAGGGGCUUUCUGUUCACUCAGAUGUGAGCUGCUUUUAAUUCAAACACUUAUAAGCGUUUAAAACAAGGUUAUUGAAACUCUCAUACCCCUCAGGAAGGAACACACAGCUAUAACACACACGGUAAGUGUGUGCUGUUCAAAUAUUCGUUUGUAACAGGAUCAACUCAAACCUUACAGAAAUUUGAUCGACAUAUAUAGAUUUAAAUGUGAUACAUAUUGGAAUAUAUGUGACACAAAAGACAAAAUUAUUUGAAAUAAACCAUUUACAAAAAAAUAGACAUUAAUUUCAGUCAUAUAUCAGCAUAUACAGACAUUUAUGUGUAAAACAUACAUAUAAUAUUUAACAAUAUACUAUAGAAAAUUGGCACUCUAACAAAACCUAUGUAUCUCUGAAGGAGAAAAUCUUUACUUUGCAAUUGAUGUUGAUGUAAAAAUAUUUUAUACCAGUCAUUUCAAAGCAUUUCUAUUGGUUAAUUCAUCAAUACAAAUGGACACAAUGUGAAGAACAACUGCCAGAUUCACAUUAUGUCAAAAGUGAAAAACAGCUGUAAAAAUGAUGUCAUGUUUUUCAUAAGCGCACAUAAAGAUUACAUGAAUGAUCCAUAUUUUAUGCGUAUUUGUCCAAUAUGCGAUAUUUAAAUCUGUAUCCAAAAUAUAUGUUCAUAUGCAUUUGGAAAAUAUGUCCUGUACUUUAAGAUCUUAAGUUAAGAAAUUGUGUUUAGAUUGGUCAAAAAUGAAACAGAUCUGCGAUUAAUGUUUUAAGGUUUUACCAGCGUAAUGUUCUCGCAGUAUCUUCAGUGCUUUUCUGCCAUCUUCAGCAGCCUCAUGUCAGAUUAGCGAAAGUCUCUUGUCAUCGAUUAAGGCUGGUAAGGCGACGAGUCGCUUGUGUCGCCCAGCGUUUGUCGCUUGUGGGCGUGUCAAGCUCAUCGCCCGCGUUUAUCAUGGUCCAGCCUCCGACAAGAAAAAAGGCAUCACUUGGCCACUUUAUUCUCCAGCUAUAACUCCCAAACUUGCUGGACUCUUGUGCGUUUCUGUGAUUUAACUGCGCUGGAAACGCAGCCGUUCCCACAGACUGAUGUGGGUCCACCCCGUUCAACAGAAAGAACCGGGAAAGAAACUAGAAAUUCAGGAGAGCAGGAGCUUGAGGACGUCGAACCGCCUUGUUUGUGAUUGGUCCAAAGAAAAGCUAGGAGCCAAUCGGGUUAGAAUGUCGCUUCACCGCGUCAUAACUCAUUUACAUAAGUUGAGAAAAAUUCAUCUCCGUGUCGCUUGUCGCUCUGUUAUGGAACGCCAAAAGGCCCAAAAAACGGCUGGACCAGACGCCUUUUAUCGAAAAGUAAAAUACGCCGUUCUGUGUGAGUUUUACGCCGUAAUAUACGCCGUUCUGUGUGGGUUUUACGCCGUAAUAUACGCCGUAUGAUUUCAAGACGGCAUAAUAUACGCCGUAUGAUUUCACGACGGCGUUAAAAACGCCGCUAAAAGCACAGAAGACGCCGUUUCCCACGGCGUUUUACGACCCUUUUGGCGCGCCGUACAGAAGCGGCGUUUUAGUGUGUCUCUUGACGCCGUAAUAAGCCGUCGUGGCGACAAAUCGCGCCCUGCCAUAGGAAAUGAAUGGUCGCCUGUCGCUUUGUCGCUUUCCAGUGUUAAAGCAGGGUUAGCCUCAACACAGGUCGUAUUUCUCCUCAGACCCGUCGAACAGUGUGGUGCUGGAACUCCAGUGGCUCGGCUAGCCAUCUUCACCACAAGCUCGCUAGCUUUUUCUUCAGCUCCAAACUUUUCUUUCCUGCGUAAUACGUUGUGCUUAACUAACUACUCACGCUCGAUAAUCUUCAACCCUGGGCCCAUAACCUGUAAAAGUGAUCUAAUUAUUUUGCUCAGACUUAACCUAUGUGGCGAAUAAUAAGCGGAGUCUCUCAGUUUUUAUUCUUUAUUAUAAACACAGAGUAGAAGCAUGGCCGUCCUCUUGAACAUGCUCCACUCGACUGCACACAAUGCGUCAUUGCGUCACACGCUGUAUCACAUAAGUGUAAUUGAUUGGCUGUUGAACCAUAUACACAUAACAUUCCCUAUCAUAAUAAGAGCGUUAUAUCAUAUUUAACAAUAUUUCAUGUUGAGCACGAUUGUUGUGCAGAACCCUGACAUUCCAUCAAUAAUUAAAUCAAUAGUUUUAAUAAUUGAAUUCCUUUUGAUGAUUGGUUAUAUGUUGUUGCCUGGUAUACAUGUUCUCUAGCUGAGUAAAUUCAAUAAAUGAGAAAGCAGUG